CGGCGGACGCGGCGUGGUUUAAACGUUCGCAGGUGCGGGGUGUGUGUGCAUUGCGUUUGUGUCCCUCGUUAUGUGAGAAUGCCGCCGACCCGACCCGAAGACUACGACGUGCUCCUCACUAUCGGCGCUGGCUCCUACGGCAGGUGUCAGAAGGUGCGGCGGAGGGCAGACGGCAAGGUCUUGGUCUGGAAAGAACUAGACUAUGGAUCUAUGACGGAAUCUGAGAAACAAAUGCUUGUUUCUGAAGUGAACUUGCUUCGUGAGCUAAAACAUCCAAACAUUGUCCGGUAUUAUGAUCGGAUAAUUGACAGAACAAACACAACUCUUUAUAUAGUGAUGGAAUACUGUGAAGGAGGAGACCUGGCUACUCUGAUUGCUAGAUGCACAAAAGAAAGACAUUAUUUGGAGCAAAACUUUAUCUUACGAGUUCUCACUCAGUUGACCUUGGCCUUGAAGGAGUGUCACAGGCGGAGUGAUGGUGGCCACACAGUGCUUCAUCGGGACCUAAAGCCAGCAAAUAUUUUCCUAGAUGGCAAGAAGAAUGUGAAGCUUGGAGACUUUGGACUGGCCAGGAUACUGCACCAUGACACCAGUUUUGCAAAAACAUUUGUUGGUACACCAUAUUACAUGUCUCCAGAACAAAUAAAUCGUAUGUCCUACAAUGAGAAAUCUGAUAUCUGGUCUCUAGGAUGCCUGCUAUAUGAGUUGUGUGCCUUGUCGCCUCCAUUUACAGCUUUUAACCAAAAAGAGCUAGCUGAAAAGAUAAGAGAAGGAAAGUUCAGAAGAAUCCCAUACCGUUAUUCGGAUCAGCUGAAUGAACUUCUGACAAAGAUGUUAAACCUAAAGGAUUACUGCCGGCCUUCAGUUGAAGAAAUUCUUCAAAACCCCUUGAUAGCAGACUUGGUGUCUGAGGAGCAAGGGAAAAACAUGGAGAGAAGAGGGCGACGAUCAGGAGAGCAAGAUAAACCCGAGAAACUUUCAGGAAGUCCAAUGAAUGAAUUGAAAUUGAAAGAGCAGCAGCUUCAAGAAAAGGAGAGAGCCAUAAGAGAGAGAGAACAUAGACUAGAACAGAGAGAGCGGGAGCUAUGUGUUCGGGAGAGACUGGCAGAAGACAAACUUGCUAGGGCUGAGAACUUGAUGAAGAAUUACAGCUUGUUCGGGCACCAAAGACUAUUGUUACCGACAUCUAGCCCAGAUGAUGAAAUGUCGCCAGUCUUCCCUACAAAAACAAGGAAGAAGAAGGUUCAGUUUGGUGAUGAAAGUAAAGAAAACAUUCAGUGUAGCAACAGCCUGGAGCAUUCUCCCCUCUCAAAAGACAAAGGCUCUAAUCUGAAGAAAAGGCUUUAUGCAGCUAACCUACGGGCCCAAGCUCUCUGUGAACUGGAGAAACAUUAUCAGCUGAAAAGCCGGCAACUCCUUGGGAUGCGUUGAAGCUGUAUACUUUUCUUGGACUGUGUACUUAAUUUUGAUGGUUUUUAUAGGCUUGUGUUUCUUCUGAUGUUUAUGAUGGAAAGAUGUGUAGAAUUGUUUUUAGAAAAAAUGCUAAAAUAUGUUUUUAGUAUUUAAGCUGUAUGUUAAAAAUGAUUUGAGUAUGCAUAUGGGUUUCUUAAGCAGUUUGCAUUCUUACACACUUGGCUUUCUCCUAAUACAUGAACAGAGCAGUCAAUAUUAAACAUUUAUAGGGCAGACUAGCAAAAUGAAACUAAAACAAGAAAGCACCAGCAAUCCUUAGGUCUCCCUUAUGUAUCUGAUAUCCUCCCUCUGCAUAAUACUGAAUAUAAUGUUCAAGAGUUGAUUCUGUUCUGGUAGAACAAAGCAUGCAAUACUUGUUCUCUUUUAAGCCACCUUUUUAGGAGCAAGCACCAAUGGGUUGCUUUGUCUUUGUAAUGUUGCACCUAGCAUGGGAUUUGUAUCUUCCCUGUUAGCUGCUAUAGAGUUUGGAUUUGCUGUCAUGGUAGAGGUCUUUACAAUUAUGAUACUUUGUAUAGUGGAAGAAUUGCACAAUUACCAGUUUAAAAAGAGAGCUGGGUUUAAACAAGCCCCUUUGGUUAGUUACCAGAUUCAAAUUCUGAAUAAAAAUUAGAAUUUAAGUGGAAGAAAGCUUAAACAAUUUACAGGUAGUUUGCUGUUGUAAAAUGCUCACUUCAUAAUCUAUUUCUCAUUGUCUUUUUACCUUAAAUAGCAUUAGAAAUCAAGUGAGAAAAGAACUGUUCACUGAACGGCAUCAAUAUAAGAAGUCCGACUUGGUUAAACUAUUAUGUUUUAUAAAUAUAAAGCUUUGCGCAGCACUGCUAUUUAUUUCUCCGAGUUCUCUCAUGGCCUGAAGAUGGUGCACCUAAUUAGACUGCUGGCGAAUCAGUAGUGAUUGCAGGUGUGCAUGUGUGUGCAUUAAGUUCUUGCAUCCAAAGGAACUACAUUUCCUGUGCUGGAAAAUGGUAGCCCUCAGAGCAGGGGAGAUACCUAAGUUCUCUAUCUGAUUGUGACAAUGUUCAGCAGAAAGGCAAACCUGGAAUUCAUUAUCUUUACUGUGUGCCAUCAGUAUAAGAAGCCACUCAUGGUUUAACUGUUAUGUUUUCUAAAUAUAAAGUGGUGCUCAGCACUGCUAUUUGCUCCUCUUGA